UAAACAACCCUUAUGAGAAAAAAUAUUUCUUUGCAUUUUCAUAACUGAACUGAAACGGCAAACUAAUUAUAUAUAAAAAAAUCUUUGCGGUGGACAAUUCAGAUAUUUAGAGAUGGACAUCGAAUACGCGUAUCAAAAAGAACGUCGUGAGUUUGGUCGGCAGUGUCUUUUUUCGGAUAAAAACAAGGUCGAGUUUUCUGAACCUGCUAACCAUGAACUGUUUAAGGACUACAUUCUUCGUGAUCCUGUUGAAAUCGGAACACAGUAUAGCCAUCAGAUGGCCCUCAGCGAAGUUAACACCGAAAGCGCUGAGCAUGAGAAUCGCGGUAUAUUACAUUCAGAAGGUGGUUGGCCGAAAGAUGUGAAUUACUUGGAUCCCGAGCAAACGGUACGUUACCGAAGAAAGAUUGAAAAAGACGAAAACUAUGUGACUCAGCUAACCGCGGUUACGAAACCAAUGGAGCACUGUAUCUACCAGAAUAACGCAGUAAAUAUAUAUGAAAACUAUUUCGAUGGCCUAGAACCUGCUCCAUUGAUGGAAAAAAGUAAUUCAAGAACCCUAAACGUAUACAGAGAUCCUUCAAUUUAUAAACAGCCUGUUACACACUUAUCAUGGUCGCCUGAUGGAGGAUCGAAGAUAGCUGUAUCACAUUGUAAUAUGAAUUUCCAAGAAACCAGCGGCAAAGCAGUGUCGUCAUACAUAUGGGAAAUCGAAAAUCCGAACGUACCCUUAUUGAGAUUCACUCCCCACAGUUCCAUGAUUUGCUUCGAAUAUAAUCAAAAAGAUCCAACAACUUUAGUAAGUGGUUUGUACAAUGGCCAAGUAGCAGCUUGGGACACUAGGAACGAAAAAGCUCCCGUCAUGAUCAGUGAACGUGAAACGUCGCAUCGAGCAACAGUUAACUCGGCAUUGUGGAUCAAUUCGAAGAGUGGAACUGAAUUCUUCUCAGGAUCAUCCGAUGGACAAGUGAUGUGGUGGGAUACGAGAAAACUAUCGCAACCAACUGAUACUCUUUUAAUGGACCCAAUCAAGUCAGACGAACAAGAUCUUUCGCGGUCAUAUGGUGUUAGUUGUUUAGAAUACGAAACGUCUAUUCCGACUAGGUUCAUGUGUGGAACUGAGCAAGGCAUGCUAUUUUCUUGCAAUAGAAAGGGUAAAUCUCCCCAGGAGAAAAUUGUGUAUCGGCUUCCUUGUCAUACUGGUCCCAUAUAUUCGUUGACGCGUAAUCCCGCUUUUGUUAAAAAUUUUCUGACCAUUGGGGAUUGGAUAGCGCGGAUCUGGUCCGAGGAUUGCCGCGAGAGUUCAAUCAUUUGGACUAAACAUCAUGCAGUAAUGCUAACUGAUGGAGUUUGGAAUCCGACACGUUACUCAAUCUUCUAUGUAAGUCGGGCUGAUGGUGUUUUAGAUGCUUGGGAUCUACUACAGCAGCAGAAUGAACCCAUUCUCACCAUUAAAGUAUGUGACGAGAGUUUAAAGUGCCUGCGUGCGCAUGAGGCAGGUUAUUUGGUAGGCGCUGGCAGCUGCAAAGGGGCUACGUUUUUGCUAGAAAUGUCUGAUAAUAUGACGACAAUCAAAAAUGAUAAGCCGUUGUUAACUGCGAUGUUGGAACGAGAGAAUCGACGGGAGAAAAUUCUAGAGGCUAAAUCACGAGAGAUGAAACUGAAGGUUCGCACGUUGCAUCGUCAAGAAGACGUUGUUGAUGAAAAGCCCAAAUUAUUCCAAUGCAAAUCUGCUUGUGAUGCAGCCGAGCAAGAAUAUCUUCAAACAUUAGAGAAAGAACGCAAAGCACGUUCUCCCGAAGAAUAUGACCAAGAUUACGAUCCGAGGAAGAUCGCUGAACAAAUGAAGGAGGAAAAUAUUUUAGACGAAGAGCUCAAUGAAUAGAAAACGCUAGCUUGAUGAAGGGAUUUGACGUUUUACCACGCCGCAAGCUUCAUUGCAUGUGCUUUUUUAUUUAUUGUGCGAAUGAAUACUAAACAAAAAAAUUGAAACCAGAUGCUAUCAAUAAAACUAGUGCAAUAAAAUUUUAUUUUACAAUAA